AUGGCCGACGAGGAGGUUGUUGUUUUGGGGUUCUGGCCAAUCACGUAUGGGACGAGGGCAACGAUAGCUCAGGACGAGAAGGGUGUCAAGUAUGAGUACAGAGAGGAGGACUUGAGUAACAAGAGCUCACUGCUUCUGCAGAUGAACCCGGUUCUCAUCCACAACGGUAAACCGGUCUGUGAGUCACUCAUCAUUGUGCAGUAUGUUGAUGAGGUUUGGAGGGAUAAAGCUCCUCUGCUUCCCUCUGAUCCUUACCAGAGAGCUCGUGCCAGAUUCUGGGCUGAUUUAAUUGAUAAGAAGGUAUUUGAUGCUGGGAAGAAACUAUGGAGCACAAAAGGAGAAGAACAUGAAGCAGCCAAGAAGAAGGAAUUCAGCGAAAUCCUUGCGCAAUUGGAAGGAGAGCUUGGAGACAAGCCUUAUUAUCACCAUAGGAGCAGAGGCAGACGCACGUUGGGACAAGAGGGGUCGGACGACCCCUUGUAA